CACUCCCCCUAAGGAGGGUUUAAUCCCUUGGUGCACACAGAGUUUACUGCAAAGGACUUUGGCUUCUUUCUCUCUGCAGAAAACUCCAAACUCUACACCACUAAACAGCAUACCUUCUUUGUCUACUUCUACAAAGACACCCCCACCAUGUCCCUUCUCACCCACCUGUUGGCGUGUCUGUUCGGGAUGGGCUCCUGGGUCUCCAUCAACGGCCUGUGGGUGGAGCUGCCCCUCAUUGUCCCUGAGAUCCCAGAGGGUUGGUACCUGCCCUCGUACCUCUCCGUCCUCAUCCAGAUGGCCAAUGUAGGGCCACUGUUCGUCACCCUGAUGCAUCGCUUCCGGCCUGGUGCCCUGAAUGAAACAGCUGUCAUAUAUGUGAUCAUCGGCCUUGGCACUGCGGCGAGCUUCCUGCUGGGUUUCUUCUGGAAGGAGACUGUCGUAGUGGCUGGUGUUCCUCGCAGCGUAGCCCUCCUUGUCUUAACUUUCUUCCUCGCUGCUGUUGACUGCACUUCCUCUGUCACCUUCCUCCCCUUCAUGAUGCGUCUCAAGACUCAGUAUCUGACCACGUACUACAUUGGGGAGGGUGUGAGCGGCCUGCUGCCUGCUCUAGUGGCUUUGAUUCAGGGUGUUGGGGUGGUCCACUGCAUAAACAGCACCCAGUCUCUGAGCCACACACUUAACUCCUCCAACAGUUCUGUGGCCUUUGACCUCCGGGCUCAGUAUCAGCCAGCCAACUUCUCCGCUGAGGUGUUUUUCUUCUUCCUCAGCGCCAUGAUGCUGGUGUGCCUGGCGGCAUUCCUGCUGCUGAACUACCACCCGUCUGUGGCCAGGGAGCUACCCAACGGUCGAUACACCAACGGGGUGAAGGAGAAGUCUCAGAGUAACAGGAAGUGGGCGGAGCAGAAGUCCAUGAUGGAUCCAUACAGACCUGCCACUCAGAAGCGCAGAAGCAGCUUUGGCACCGGCUCUUACAGCUGGACGCAGGUGUUUUACAUCUUUGCGAUCCUGGCCUGGGCGAACGCUCUGACCAACGUGGUGCUUCCCUCGGUGCAGUCCUACUCAUGUCUGCCGUACGGGAACAACGCUUAUCACUUAUCAGCCACCAUGGCUGCUGUGGCAAACCCUCUUGCCUGCUUCAUUGCCAUGUUCUUCCCUAUAAGAUCUCUGCUGCUGAUGGGAGCACUCACAGUGAUAGGAAGUGCAGUUGGAGCUUUUAUAAUGAGCAUGGCAGUGCUGAGUCCCUGCCCACUGCUGGUUAAUGAAGCUUCAGGUAGUGUCAUCAUUGUGUUGGCCUGGAUCCUGUUUGUUCUCACUCUGUCCUAUGUGAAGGUGAUUAUUGGGGUGAUCCUGCGGGAUGAGGGUCACAGCGCCCUCGUGUGGUGUGGAGCUGUGGUGCAGCUGGGCUCUCUUCUGGGAGCUGUCACCAUGUUUCCACUGGUCAGUGUCUACAGCUACUUUUCAUCGGGGGAUCCGUGCAACACAAAAUGUCCCUAAAUGAAGAGGUCAUGAAGAAGAGACUGGAGGCAGAUAAAGCGACAGCUCAAGAUGUUUCACAUCUUUGGUUGAACCAUGAUCCACGAUUGUGGAGCAAGCAUUGGUUUGUUCUUAUCAGGAUUUAUUUACUUAGCAUCAUCUGAAUCUCAACCUGUCAUCUGAGAGAUUUUGCUUGUUACAAGAAAAGCAAACCACAAAUAGCCUACAGAGCUGCAUAAAGUCAUAAUGUAGCUGCUUCAGACAGGAUGGGAUCUUUGCAGAUGUUGUGGAAAUACUCCACUACAAGUCAAAGUCCUGCAUUCAAACCUUACUUAAGUAUUAUCAACUAAAUUUACCUACUUAAAGUAUAAAAGGCAAAAGUACUCACUGUGGAGUUAAUUGUUCCCUGUCAGUAUUAUACUAAUAUAUGUCAUGUUUUUGAAUUAAUAGGGGAGACCAGGGUUGGUUGACAUGCUUUUCACUCUGCCAUACUUUUCUGGCAUAAUUUAUGUGAGAAUAUUAUAACCAGCAGCAAAUGACAGCUUAAGGUCUCACCUAUAACUAUAAGUGUGUUUCAGUUGACACAAAUGUUUUCUAAAACCUAGCGAUGCAUGAUUAAAGUCUUGUGCAUUUGUGCCAAACCAGUCCCAUCACAGGCUGCUUGGCACAAUGUUAAAUUGCUAUAGUUAUGAAAAAGAAGCAAACAGCUAGAAAACAUGAACAUUUAACAGAAUAUCUGUCCAUUCUGUAAAAGCAAACAACAUUCCUAGGAAGUUCAUCAGUAGGGAUGUCUAAUUACUCUUCCCAUGGACCAUCCAAAGUAAUAAUAAUUAACUAUCAAUACAAACAUUGUUUUUGAUCUUUCAAUAUAGUUUUAAUGUCAAAAAAAUACAGUUACAGCUAAUUGGAAAAUUGGAUGGACAAUGUGCCAACCAACCUCUGCUAACAUCUCACCCACUGCCAUCACUCAUUAGACUUUCAAAUCUUAUAUUAAAAUGUAGCUGACUCCUUUGUCUCAUCUAGAAGUAACUGACUUCCAGAAGGUUCAACACAAUAGAUGAGCAAACAUUGUGAUGUUACAUUUUUGUUUCUGUGACCGUCAAAAGACCAGAAAAUAGCUGUGUGCCAACCAACCCCGGUCUCCCCUACUGCUGCAUUAUGUUGGAUUAUAUUGCUGUAGAUUUUGAAGCCUGUGCUCAUUUUAACUACUGUGGGGUGAUUUAAUCUAUAUUAAUGCAUCAUAUUCUAUAAGAUCAUUAUAUAUUUGUUGCAUGGGUGUCCUGUGAGAACCACAUAUCUCUAAAAAGUCAACUUCUCAUGGUGUCAGAAAAACAGCCCUGUUUUCAGCUUUGUGAUGAUACAGCUGACCCAAGAGGGUUUUAAAGAGUUUAUUUAGCUCAGGACAGUGGUUCCUAACUGGAAGGUGGUGGGUCCAUUCUGAAUGGACCUGCAAGUGACUUGCGAACGUGUCAUGUUUGAAAAUACCACACUUCUUUUUAAGUACGGUGAAUUUCCAGUGCAAUUUCCUGCUGUAAAAGUGAGAGAACAGACAGCUACUUGACAGAGACAACAAACUAACUCAAUGACAUGACCAAACACAAGUAUAAUGCUGAAUACAUCUAACUGUGUGGACCUUGAACUCAUGACUGAGGAAGAAUUGGGCCCCCCAUGGCUGGAUAAGUUGGGAACCACUGGCUUAGGAAGUAGGCAGCUUUUCUCAACACAUAAAAGAACAUUCCAUCCCUCAGUUUAUCACUUACAUUCAUGAUGAAAACAUCUGGAGAUACAUGGUUUUCACUAGACAGGAAGAGAAUUAAAAUUGUAAUCUGUAAAGAAACUAAAGCUUUCACACACAUUUAGUAUAAAGUACAAUAUUUACCUCUGAGCUGCAGUGAAGUAGAAGAAUAGUAAAAUAAAAAUACUCAAGUAAAGUACCUCAAAAGUGUACUUAAGUACAGUACUAGAGUAAAUGUACUCAGUUACAUUCCACCGCUGUAUAAAUCUACUCUGACAACAGUAUUUGGGGCGGUACUCUAUAACCAGAGUGUCAAUUAUUAUCAAAACAGUAAUAUAUGUUGAACAUGUUAGAUCUCCUGAAAAUGGCUGUUAUCAACCCAGAGCAAAAGUCUACUGUGUUGACAAAUAGGCAGAGAACAUUCACAAAUUCACCAAUAUACGACUGUCAAUAAAAAAUAAAAAAAAAAGCAAGGAAAAAAGUAAAUGUAAGAGUAAAGUUACUCCAGAAAUAUAGCUGACAAUUUGUUUUUUCAAUCUUGAAGUUUUAAUUUGCUUAAAACUGAAACAUCACUGAUAUGUGCGUGCUUAUCUCUCUUAUUUGUCAAGUCUUUAAGUGUUUAUUUUCCUUAAAACAGUGGUUUUCAAACUUUUUCUGUCGUGCCCCCUUCCCCUCACAAUUUUUUUAAUUAGUUGUUAAGUGGGGAAGCAACUAAUAAAAAUUUAUUCAUGUUUAAUUUGAGUGAAAUAAAGAUAAAAUUAAAUCAUAAAUCAUAUUAAUUCAACAUUGUUUCACUACAUACUUUCCCCCUGGUCAUCCCCGCUCCACCAUCAGUGGCUCUGUGCACCUCCGGAGGGGCCCGCUCCACAGUUUGAGAACCACUGGCUCAGUGUGUCCUUUCUGUUACACUGAGCUGCAUCUGACCAGCACAGUUUAUAGAAAAAUAGAUAUUUGAAUAAGUUGUGUUAAAACAAAUGAUUUGUAAUAUAACAAUUAUGAAAUCAUAUUGUUGUUUUUUUUUAAAAAAUGUAUGUGUGUUUAAUCAUAUUAUUUAUUGUAUGAUGUGACCUUACACUAUAAACAUAUAAUCCAAACAUUUUAAAUAACAUAAUGCCCCUGUCGUCUUUCCAUGCCGACCUGCUGCACACAAACAGGACAAUCAGUCAACAGAGGAUGCUGAACAUACAUUUUUUCAGAAUACAUCAUACUGUGCUGCUGUUUUCUACAAAUAGAUUGAUAAAUAAAUAAAUAAACGCAUA